CAGAAUUUUCAGGUUCAAACAGAAAGGUGGAUGUUCCAUUGCAACUGUACCUACAGACAGAUAGCAGGAAGUCUGGGGGCUUAAAAAAAUUAAUAUCUUCUACUUUCAGACUUAAUUUUCAGGUUUAAUUUAUCUCUCCAAGAUUCUGAUAGUCAUAAUGGCUUCUACCUUUCUUUUCUCUCCUUUCCCCAAAUGAAGCACUUCCUGGCUGCUUAUACAAAUAAGCUAUGAAUUAUAUCAUGUACUGUGUUCAUAUUGAGAUCCACUGAAUAUAUUCGGCUGACUGUAACAAAGUACUAUUUCUGGGUUUAUUGCUUCAUAAGAUGGAAACUUUGAGAGACAGAAGAACUACUCUGGCCAGUUGCCUCAUUAACAUGAAAGGGGAGGAAGACAUUGGUUCCAACAAAUUAUUUUGUAAAGUUAACCUAAGGCAGCAGAAGGAGAUCCCUCAUCUAUCAGACACAUGCGCCUGGUCAAAUAAACCUGGAGUUGAUUUCAACAGAAGUUUACACAAAGAGCUAUUCUCUUCUGAAAUGAAGAAUUAUUUGGGUAAGACUGAUCCAUUGCCACACAUUGGUAACAAAAUGCCUCCUUAUUUGAGAAAAUCAACAAGAAGAAAUUCAACUAAAGCAGCUGCUCAGAAAGAGUCAGUUAAUGUGGUUUUUCCUGCAAAAGAACAUCAUUUUGCUAAGAUUUUCUGUGGUAUUAAUGAAGCAAUAUUGAGUGACUGGCUGGAAAGAGCUAUAUGUUUUAUUAAUGACCUCAGAGAAUGGUGUCAUGUAGGGGAUAAUUUUGUACGGUUUGCAAAUUUUUGGCUGUCAGAAUUACCAUACAAACAAAAAAUAAACUUGCUGAAAUUAGAAAUGGGGAUCUUUGAGGAUGAACUGCAAAGUGCAUUUUUUGAAGAGGUGGGUGCUGAGUUAGAAGUCUCUCACCUGCAUUCCGUUCUUUCUGCAACACUGUGUGAAUACCCUGAAGUGCUUCUGAAUGAUGAAACAAAAUACGUUUUCCUUGACUAUCUAAACCUCAUGUCUUCAGAGCAAACGAUAGAAUAUAAGAAAAUGCUUUCAAGUUUAAAAUGUACAACAAACAAUCUUCAGAUAGCACUGUGGUUGCUAGCUCUACGAGCAUUUGCAUUAGCAAACCUUUGGCAUGCAGUAGUUAAGUUUUAUAAAGCAGUGGUCAGGAGCCAGCCUCCUCCUGGACUACCUAGCAAGAGUUCUGUUUCUGCUACUAGAAAACAAAAAAGUGAUCUGUUUAAAGAAAGAGCUUUUCAGUGCAUUCAGUUGGGAUACAUCGAUGUCUUACAUUAUCUAAUAAAAAGCCAGCAGACUGACCUUUAUGUUGUAGAUGAGAACAACCGAAAUAUGAUAUUUUUAUCCGUCAUUUAUAACCAACCAAAGAUUCUGGAGUACUUUUUGGACAUGGAAUCUCCUAUUCCCAAUGUAAACCAAGCAGCAGAAAAUGGAAAUACUCCACUUCAUGCUGCAGUCAACACUAGAAAAACAGACAUUAUGUCUCUUCUUUUGCGUUUUGCUGAAAUUGAUGUCAAUGCUCCCAAUCACCAAUGUAAUGGAGCAACAGCUUUACAUCUUGCUAUCAUUUAUGGACAUCUGGAUAUUUGUUAUUUGUUGCUGAAAGCUGCAGCUGAUCCAGAAAUUCCAAUGGGAGAAUUGACACCUUUGCAACUUGCGCAGCAAAUGGGUAAUACAGCUAUAGAAAGCCUAAUAAGAUUUCAUGUUAACAAAUUGAAAAAAGGAAAAUAAAACAUUUUCAAAACAGGAAA